GCUGUGCGACUCAACAGGAAAUGUGAGUUUCACAUAUAAAGGACCUCUUGUGGCAACUCACUCUUCAUUACAGAAACUACUACUUGACACUGACAAAACCUACUGUAUGGUGGUCAAUCGGGAACUAAGCGAUUUACUACCGAGACACAGACUGCUGCAGCGUAAACAAGAUAUUAAUCACAAAAGAGAGAGUAAAAGUGUUGUAAUCCAGCUCAUCAUGGUGGACCAGCUGGCUUUCACGCAAGAGAACAGAGAGCGGAUCCAGGCAGUGGAGAACUCCUUUGGCCCCUCUGGGAAGUCCCUGUUCAGACCUGGCCGGGUCUUGAUAGGCGAGGGGCGGCUGAUGAAGCUGUGUCGACGCCGCCCACAGCCCAAAGUAUUUUACUUGUUUAAUGACAUUUUGGUCUACGGUAGCAUCAUCCUUCAUGGACACUGGCACAAGAACCAGCAGAUAAUCUCCCUGGAGGAUAUCCAGCUAGAGGACCUGGAGGACGGGGUCAGCAUGGAGAACCAGUGGUUGAUCCGCACCCCACGGAAGUCAUUUUACGUGUCAGCUGCCUCUGCUGAGGAGAAGCAUGCCUGGAUGAAGCACAUCGAAGACUGCAAGUUCAAGCAGCUGCAGCAUGCCGGCUGCCAGCCCGGAUGCACCUUCGCCACCACCUGGAUCCCUGACCGGGCGUCCGCCAUCUGCAUGCGCUGCUCUAAAACAUUUCGGGUCAACAAACGACGCCACCACUGUCGUCGCUGCGGCUUCGUCGUCUGCAACGCCUGCUCCAAGAACCGGGCCGUAAUCUGCCACAUCUCUACUAAGCCUGUGAGGGUAUGUCGACUGUGUCACCUCAGUCUCCAGGACCAUGGGGCGCUGACCCAGGACGAGGUGCGUUCACGGGGGGACAGUGAUGGGAGGAACUGCUCUGAUGAAUACGAACUGGUCAUGCCCGAGUACGAGGCGACUAUCGACGAUGAGGCAGAUGAGCGGGUAGAUGACCACGCACCACACAAGUGGGUUGAGUCUCAGAUCAACUCUUGGUCCCCGUAUAACUAUUUAAAACCGCACCAUCAAAGUCCCAAUCUCACUGGCUUGUCAAGCCACUUGACUUGAAUUGAAUUGGAAUUUUGGACAAUGUGAGAGGACACUGAAAAGUAUUUACUGAAUGAGUAUGUGGUGAAGAAGUGUCAAAUCAAGACGUUACAUGGUCACAUGUAAAUCAGAAAUAUUGUGCAAAUAUGAACACUACUGGAUCAAUAUAUUCCUGUUAAUAUACCUUUGAGUGUAUUGGGGGGGGGGGGCUUAUUUGUGUCAUCCGUUUGAUAAAUGUUAACCUGUAGUAUGCAUUGUUGACUGUCCAUUAUACACUCACGCAGCAUCUUUGUUUACAUGAAAUAUUUUGCACUGAAUACUUUUAUAUUCAUCCUAUACUUAUCUUCUUUAAAAAAAAAGGCAUGUUGACUAAGAUAACGUGCCCAUAUUAUGUGUACCUGCAAUUAUAACUCUAAAUGACAAUACCUAUACUCGUUUAUCACAUUCACAUCAACCAUUUACCUAUAAAAUAAAACAUAUUUUGAUAGCAAA